AUACAUAUACAUUGUAUAUAGUUCAACGACGAGGCAUAAGAAGCAAUUGGGAAUUAUUUCAAGCACGUUCGAAUAUUAUUUAGCGAUUGAGAGUUGAUCCUUGUUAAUUUGGCGGUUCGGUAAUUUUAUAUUGGCUCAUAUAACCAAACGUUGCGGUUAGACUAGUUAAUCCUUCCUCAAACCCGAAUACAUCACUCUAUAAAAUUGACCUAUUACGAUUGAUGUGAUUAUUUGUGUUGUAAUCAAGAAAAUUUGUUAAAUUUCAAUUUAUGGUAAUGAAAAUUUUGGUAGGGUCGAUUCAACGCGAAUAGCUCAUUCUAUCGUCGGCGUAAUUUCUUGCUUCGAAAAUGAAAACACAAAAUGAUGUGAGAGUGACCCUCUUCCGCGAAUUACAACGUGUUUACACAUUUCUCAUACAAGCAUUCGUUCCAUUCAGCUAAUUGUUGUCAAAUUAUACAGAUGCCUGUUUGGCCUUGGUCAUGUACAAGUCUCGAGCGUAAAAUGUAAACAGUACAGCAGUUUCAAUAUUUCCUAUCUCGUGAAUGUAUUUGCACAGACUACAUUAGUUUAAAGUGGCACAUCUAACGAGUUACUUCUACCAUAUUCAUUCAAUAAUUUCGUACAAUCAUUAUCAAAAACAACGUUUGAUAUAUCUUCCAUCGCUUUAAGGAGGUACUUUGGGUGUACCUAGUAAACAAUAUGCAAGAAUACAUAUCACCUUAGAUUAAUAUAUACUAAUGUAAAAAAAUUCGUUUCUGAAUAACAGACUGUUUCUAAAUAGGCCCGUAGACAAAGUGUUAACAUUUGAUCUUUUAAUAUGGUUUCCAGCCUUAAUUACUUUAUCCUUCAUCAUAGACAAUGUAUAAGUGCAUAAUAUCUAUUUGAAUAUUCGAAUAGAAAAAAUUUCGUCGAGAAGAACGGAACCUCGGCACAAAGCGCCUCCGCAACCAAUCUAGUGAGUUUUGUGAACGGCGCGGAAACAGUUGGCGGCCGUGCGAUCUUGCGGGGCACGGCUCGGCAAGCAUCGGCCGCUCAGUCAAGAAACUCGACUGCACCGAAUCACUACGAACGAGGUUGAAAUCAUACGAGCCAGGAGCCGCGCUGCUCUCUCCUGCUAUCGGCUCUGCCUGCACGGCGGUGGACUCUCCGCCGAGUCUAUGGUGUCGUGGGUUCUUCUGAGUGCGAGAUAAGUGUAGUGAGUUUCGUAUACGGGACGCAGUGUUCCCAGGGUCUCGCGAUUAAAGGACGAGCAGACUGAACGGGAACGGGAACGGGAAGGAACCCACUCGUUUUUCCUCAGCUCCGAGGACGGACGCCGCUCCUGGACUCCUUUCGAAACGUUCGCGUUUGUCGUCCACUGCCGAAAGAGGGUUGCAGCGCUCAGUGACAGUGAUGAGUGUUUCUUCGAUUGUGCCCGUUGUUCGGAGCUUACGUGACUGUGACCGUGACUGCCGUGCCGUCGCCGCCGUAAUGUGCUUCGUGAGCUCGGCCGCCAACGAGAGAUGCUGAGGACGUGGCAUAUGGGUUCGCCUAAAUGGUGGCUCUAAGGGACCCCAUAGGAAAGGAUGAGGGAAAGAACACCCUCUGUGGACGACACCCCGAAGAGGGCUCCACCAGCUCCACCCAGAGAAGCGGCCUCGGCGGACGUGGCUGGCAGCAAGACGAGCAGCGAGACGGUCGACGUUUUCAGUGCCGUGAGUUUUUCUCCGACAACGACGGCGUCGCCGUCAACGGCCGCGACGACGACCACGUCAGCGUCGUCACCAUCGAGCGUCGACGGCAGAAUGGUCGCUUCCACGCACAAUCUCGAUGAUCUAGGUGUCAGUCAUCCGGCAAACGCGAACGGCGAUCGUCAGCAACAGCAGGAGAAGCACGGGUACGCGUACAGAUCGACCCAGACCGCUCAGGACAAACGCAGCAGGCUGAGCAACGUGAUAAACAACCUGAGGAAGAAGGUCCCGGAUUCGCGUAGUGUCGAAUCGCCGAGAAAGGAGGAAGAUGGUAGAAACAGCGUCGAAAGGAACCUAGAGACUCUGGAAAAGUACGUGAUGACGGUGCUAAACGGCGUGAUCAAGGACGAGGAGAACGACGAUAAGGAAGUAAGAGGGAAAAAGGAGGCCGAGACGGGCAAGGAACAGGAGAAGCUGACCGACGAUCAGGAAGACGAAGACUCCAAGGGCCCGAUAGUCAAGUUCGAACCCUCGAAGCCCAACGAGAGCAGGACGGAAAUUGCUGUCCUAUCAGAGCUAUCCGAGAAGGUGGAGAACAAGGAGCCUCCCUUGGAGUAUCGUAAACUGGCCAACAGGGAUGAAAGUCUGCGGCAGAGCGAGGACUCGAGUUGCUCGGGGAUUACAGACAGUCAGGGGUCCUAUGAAGAGGAUACUAAGAAACAGUCCUGCGAAACAGAGACUGGGGAGAUGGAGUCGUUGAAAGGUAACAAGUGUUCCGCCAAAGAAACGAAGCACGGGGACCAGUCUGUCCAGGAGGCGAAAAAUGAGAGUCAGGACGAGGAAAAGAAGGAGAAUCGCUCGCUGGGAGCGAUCAUCAUGGAGAGGCUGAACGAUCAUCAGCCUGAGGAGAAAGAGAAUCGGGAAUUAGUCGCAGAGAACGUCGAGCUGAGGAACGUUUGCAGGGAUCUGCUGAACGACGUGUUGAACGGUAUUAAUCAGUUGAUCGACGAGAACAGCCAGGAGAAGGAGGAGACCAAGACAACGGAGAAUUCCUUGGAGUUCCGCAACCACAGAAGUCAAGAUCUCUCCACGACUAGCCUUCACUGCAGUUUGCCCCUGGACAAGGUAGCUUCCGUGCUGCAGAAUUGUCAAUCGAACGAACCGAGCGUUCCUCACUCGCCUUCGUCACCUUCCUCGUCUUCGUCCUCGCAGAGUUCGAAGUCACCCUGCAAACCUUCGCCUCCUACGGUCAGGCAUCUGUGUCUCUAUUGCGACAGAAAGUUUCUCUCGAUAUCUCUGAGGCAACGGCACACAGAGAGAGUCCACCAGCAAGGUGGCGGCAGAAGGUCGGAAAGGAACUCGAGGAAACCCUCGCAGAACUGCCAGUACUGCUCCGACAAGUGCGCAGAGAAUCUGGAAGGUCUGUUCCAGCACAUGGUGGGCAACCAUGGUGACAAGUAUCACGCUUGUGUACAGUGUUUCACGAGGUACCUCACCAGGGAGGCUCUGGCGGUCCACAUGACCGAGAAUCAUGGGGUGAACGCGGACAGGAGCAGUCAGCAGGUUCAGGAGAAGAUGAAGGAGUCCUGCAAGGAAGGUAACCAAAACGUCCGCGAGAAGGCUGAAUUAUCGAGCACCAAGGAAAGAAGAUCGGAGGAGCUCGAUCACGAGCACCGAAUGGAGUCCAUUCUGCUGAAACCGAUCCUCCAGACGAAGGACGCCUUUAGCAACCCAGGCAGCCCGGAGUUCGACAGUUCGUUCUACAGCAGCGUCAGCUGCAACAUCCGCGAGAACCUUCUUCACCAUCUGGACGGCAAGUUGCAGAGCACUUCCACGACGAUCGUCUCGUCAACGAGCACGUCUACCGCGGACGCGAAACCGCAGCAACAGCAGUCCUACUACGAGCACAACGUCAACCAGAUCCAGUUUCCCAUCGACAUCUCGUUGACGGCAGCCACGCCCGUCUAUUCCAAGGAGUACGCCAGCGAGGACUACGAAAACUCCAGCGAGUACGCCCAGAAGCCUGGCAAGAGCAACAGGUCGCAUCCGCGACGGGUGUCUUUCGAGAAGUACAACUUCCCCAGGAAGUACGACGGUAAGGAGCAAUGGACGUGCUCCAUUAAAGAUCUCAGCAAAUUCGACAUUUCGACGCAGUUGUCGCUGAGGAAGAAGCAACAAUUGCUGAAAGAGCGUAUCACGCUGAACAGGUUGCAGCAGAUACCCUUACUCGGUAUGUCCGCGACCACGGACAUCGCACGAGACGAACAAAGCAUCUCACGGGUGUCCAACGAGAUCGAGAAUAUAGAGGGAACGACCACUGGCAGAAAGAACGCCGUGAAGUCGACGGAACGCGAGUCUGUCACUUGCGAGAUAAAAAAGGUCUCCCAGGCUACAGAGUUCACCGUGGAAUUCGGUAGCUUCCUGAGGCUACGGAAAUGGGACGAAAAGACGUCCUCCGAGGCCGCGAAGAAACAGGAAGUUGUCUACGCGGAGCUGACUGGAGAAUGGUCGAGACCGCGGGUCUACAUUUGCGGCGCCUGCGCUACCAAACAUGUCACCCUGCGGGAGAUGGAGGACCACAAAGCUACCACGCACCCAAACGUCUGGUGUUCGCACUUCGAGUUCUCUGGGGACCAACGGGAGCUGUACAAGCAUCUGUUCCUGCCGGGAAAGGACGUACCCACCGCGAAAGCGAAAGCCGCCAACCUGGCGGAGAAGGUCUGCACCAAGUGCACGAGAAACUGCAACACGUUGCCCGAGCUGCACAGGCACAUGUUGGAGUGCGGAGGUGACCAGGCGUGGCUCUUAGGGCUGUUCGGUAACGGCAAGAAGAAAUGUAAGUGGAGACCGUUCGGUAGCCGCAGCAGAAGACGAAGACAACGUGGGAUGAAGAGGAACAUCCAGAACUCGCAGACACCGAGGAUGAACACGCCAAAGGAGAAGCAACCGCCGGGUCCAAGAGUUCGGCCUAGCGAUCGUGAGAGUAUACAGAAAAUGCUGGCAAAUUUACCUCCCAAGAGAGCUACUAGGAAGGUAAUGCAGGACAGCGCACUGAGAGCACAGGGUAGACUCCGUAAUGUGCAAACCAGAUCGAGACCCCGUCGAGUAGUCGGCGAGAACACCACCGCGUCGCGAAUGACCCGCAACAAAGCUGUCCUCAGGAACAAGUUGCUGAAGAACGCGAAGUCGUUCCAACGACACCGCUGCCGGAUCGACAACAUAUCGGCGGUGAUCGAGAGCGUGGUGAAGAACUACAACGCGGAGGACGCGAGGUUCGACGAGAAACGCGACCCAGAGAAAUUCAGUUCUGAAAAAGAUGCCAAAGAAAAGACGGGAGAGAACUCGAGAGUAGACGACGUUGAUCCGAACCAGAAGGGUAACAAAGUGAGGAUCGCGAGGGGUCCCAGAGUGCUGAGUAAGAAAAGGAACGUUAAACCGAAAGAUGGAGCAACCAAAAGCGCAGAUCAACCGAGGAAACCGUACAACACGAAGGUCAAAGUCAAAGCAACGUCGAAAGCUGUUCCAGAGGCAAAGAUAGACUCCCCUACCGAGCCUUCAAAGUCUCCCAAGAGCGUGAAAAGCGUGUCCAAAGGAGUGGAGAAGGACGCAGAAGCCAAACAUUCCGUCAGUCCUAUGGAAUCGAAAUCUCCGAAUCUAUCGACGAAGGGCAAGUCCUCGGUUCAGACCACCCCGAAGAAGAAGCGACCAGUGGAUCCCGUAGCCUCCCUGAACGCCUCCAUCAAAGCCAAGUCGCAGCUCAGAACGCACGAUGGAAAGUUCGCUCGAAACCCCAACAAAAUCGAGUUGUUCCAGAAGCUACCAGAGAUGCGAUCGCCCGUCGUCAGUCGGCAGUCGACCAAGGGAAAAGGGGCCGGUUCGGAAUCAUCGAUCACAAGGUCGAAACUCAGAGGAGUAUCCAGAGGUAGAAACAGUGACCAGUCCUCGAAGAGGACUACAAGAUUGUCGUCGGACAGCGACAAGAUGCCCACCUUGGAGCCAGCUGUUCAAGUCCCCGUUGACGGCGAAGAGUACGUCGAGGCUUCGACGAACGACCUGCCUAUCCUUUCACCUGUUACCUCAGCAUCCGGCUCGGAGAAGACCAUUCGUGGGAGGAGUCUGUUUGGCAAGAAUCAGGAUGAUUCGACGAAGGGGAACGAGAAUGAAAUAGCAGAGGCGAGUAAAAUUACAACAGGCGAAUCACCAGAGGAAGGCAAGUAUCAGAAACUAGGUAAGACUAGGAGGUCGAAGGGCGAUACGAAAAAUUUGGAGAAAAGCCUGGAGAACAUCGACAAAGUCGACAGUCUCAAGGAGAAGAAGGGCGUCAAGGAGAAAUUUAAAAGGAAAAACGCCGCUGGAAAGACUCCACCUGUCGAGGAGAAAAAGGUAACCGUGGCGAAGGUCUCCGAGGAUGCGAGUCCUAAGAAAGAGAAACAGAAGAAAGAGGAGGAAGCCACGAAAACGUUGGAGACCAGGAGCAAUUUGAAAACGAACCCGGAGAAAACGCUAGACGUCGAUAGCAAAGCAAAAGUUCCCAAGGUUCCGUUCGAAGUGAAGAAGCUGAUAGGGCCCGACGUUAAAGAGGAUCUACUGACCAAAUUGGUUCUAACGUCACGAACCAUUUCCUCGAAGCGUUGCCUGAGGCAAUCCAUAUCAAAGGCGAAGACCGACCAAAGCAAAGACAAGUCUCGGAGGGACUCGGAGUCGGAGAAAACGAGUCUUGAUUCGGAGUCGAUAUCGAUCGUUCCUAUAAUAACUGCCAAGAAGGAGAAGGCCGAUCUUCGGCGAAAAUCGUUGAGGAACACCAAGAAGAAGUUCGCGAAGGAUGAUAAGCCGCCACUGGAGGAGGUCGACAAGAGUCGAGUGAACGAGAUCAAGACGGCGAUCAGAGGAAGACGAAGCAGUUCAUCUGGCGAGAAUAAAUCCACGAUCGACACGGACCAAGCGUCGUCGGAGGAGGAUCAAGCCAAACCUGCAGUCGAGGUCGCGGUCGUCGAACAGAGCGCUGAUAACGAAAGCGCGAGCAAGAAGAGGCAAACGAGAGGCUCUCUGUUGAACACUAACGAGGGAGACACGCAGAGCAAGGAAACUUGUAGCGAGUUAAACGACAUGUCCCUGAAGAAGAACACUUCCCUUGGAAAGAGACGAGGCCGCAUCAAAUCGAGCGACGUAGGCGAUAGAAGGAACGCUGACGUCUCUCGUAGGAGGAGCGAGGAAGUUGAUAAAAGUCCGAUCGAGGAGAACGAGACGAACUCGGAUCGUAAAAGGGUCACGGUACCGGAAGAUGACCAUGUCGCCGCCAACGACGGGAAGGAAGAAGACGAAGACGAAGACGCCAAAGUCGAUCAGUUGGAAGAUUCUUCGAAGAACGCGAAUCCAAGUUUGAAUCACUUGCAGCUGGAGACCAGCAACUCGAUAGACAGCGGCAAGGAGAACUCGUUGGAGACCGUACUCGGUGUUCAGAAAUUGAGAGUCGGCAGACCUAGAAAGUCUUGGGGGUCUCGUCGCGAGAAAACGUCCAAGAGAUCGUUGAACAACGUGAUCGGUAUACUCACGGAAGGCAUGAACAUUCCCGUGGAGUCGCAACAGAGCGUGGUUCUGACCGUGCAGACGACCUUGGACAACGCUGGUCUCGAAGGGAUUCUUCAGAGCAACGUUCAACAGUCCGACGACGGCGGUUCCAGGUCGACGAAUUUGGAUAAAACCGAUAAAAGCGAAACUGCGAACGAUCCCGACAGGUUGGCAGACGAAACGGAUAUUUGCGUUCCAAGUUCCAAGGAAACGACGGAGCAGUUGCAAUCCACGGAGGUUUCCAUAAAAGAAACGAGCGUUGACGACACGAAACGUCAGAAAGCCGAUUCUUCGUCGGAAGAUGCCAGACCUCGGUCGCCAACCACCGACAUCAUUUUGGAUCUGUCGAGGAGGAAGCAGAAAGGAAAGGGCUCGUUUUUGGAGAAAAUCGUUUCCAAGAUCGCUAAACAAAAAGACGCUCUGCUGGAAGGCGACGUUGGUUCCUUGUUAGACACAGCCGCCGACGAACUGACGAGUAUCUUGGACGAAGUCGGUCCUGGACUGUCAGAGAGCGCGGAGAAUUCGAAGGCAGCAAAGAAACAUCAGGUACAGAAGGCUGGUAGAGAAGAGGUCGAAAAGAAGUCCUCGAAAAAAUGCCAGGAGUCCAUCGGUGUCGAUUCAGACCAUAAGGUGGAAACUGAAGAUGUUAAAAUUGACGAGAUCGAAAGCCAGAAGGAAACGAUCAUACCAGAAGUGAAAGAAUCUGGAAAGGAAACGAUUGACGGUGUAGAUACUGUCGAUGGAAAAGAAACAAACGACAUACCGAUCGAUCUUCCUGGUCAAGAAAUUGUCGAUCAACUCUUGGAAAUCGAAGAUAGAAAUAAUUCCUCGGUGGUCCAGAAAACAAGUUUCGACGACCUAAAUGUUCAAGACCGUGUUCCCACAGAAACUGACACCAGUACAAACCGAAUCCCCUUACCGAUUUUCGAUAGUAUCGCUAAAUCCACGCCAGACUGUUCGGAACAAACGCAUUCACCAGAGCAAAAAGACACGUCAUCGAAGCAAGAUCGAGAAGUAGGGAUCGGAGAUGCGAAGGUUAAACGAAAAUCGAAGAAACGAUCGCUGGAAGGAAAUUCGCCGAAGAAGAACAAGAGAAAAUCCAUCGAUCCAGAGGAGAAUUCUGAGGAGAGCCUGGUCCCCGAAGUACUGAAUCUUGCUGACAUUAUGAAGUUAAUCGACAGACCGGAGCCAGUGCCUUCUACCAAAGAAAACGUCGAAAACGGUUCGUCUUCGGAAGCUACCGCCGUGCGUGUUCAACCAGGUAAAAGGAAGACUCUAAACGACGAACCUGAAGCGAAAGAUUCGUCGAAAAGUAAAGCAUGUGACGGCGUUCAAGCAGAUGUCAACGACGGCGCGAAGAAGCUUAAAACGGACGCCACGAAGAGUACCGAAGACCAUGCAACGAGAAACAAGGAGAACGAUGAGGUUGUAAGGAACACCGUCAAGGAUACCGUGGAAAUGACUAAAGAAGUUCAAAUGAAUUUCGAAGAAAAAGAUACUUGUACGUUACAAAUGCUAGGAAAAAGAAAUACUUGGUCUAUCGAUGAGACUCAACAGAUGAACGAGGAAGAGGACGUCUCUUCGCCACGAGUGUCAAGAAAGAAGAAUAAAUCUGUUAAUGAGGUUCAACAGAUAAACGAGGAACGGGACAUCUCUUCGCCACGAAUAUCAAGAAAGAAGAAUAAAUCUCUCGAUGAGGUUCAAGGAAUAAACGAUGAAGAGGACAUCUCUUUUCCACGAGUGUCAGGAAAGAAGAAUAAAUCGAUCGAUGAAGAUCAGCCGAUACCCGAAGAAAAGGACUCGUUGUCACAGAUGAAAAGAAGAUCUGCUAUCGAGACUGUAAAACAGUACGUGGAUACGGAAUCUCCAAUCAGGCGAUCCUCGAAGAGGAAAUCACUUCCGGAAGAGCAAACGAAACAAUCUUCCGAAGAGGAUACAUCGUCCAAAGUUUAUCCAGAGUCUACUGCGAGCGAAGCAACUGCCGAGACGACCAGAAGAAGGUCUUCGAGAACGAAAAUAAUCUCGAAGAGCGAAGAGAAGUUUCAAAAGCCAACCGACAACGAACCUGCCUCUGAUAUUGGCAACACGGUUGUAGCGGAUAAUUCUAAACUGCCGUCGAAUCACUUGCCCGAAGAGCGCGAAUCGACCAAGGAUGACGUCUCUAUUUUACAAUCAAUGGUACUGCCUGUCAUGGAAGAUAACGCGAAGAAAGUCGAAGAAGACUCGAUUUCCAAGGAUCCAGAAAACCCGAAGAUUAUCAAGAAAGACCCAGUCGAAGAGAUUCCUAACCCUGAUGUAAAGAAUUCGCCAAAAGAUGCAUCCAUAGUCCCGAAAGUAACGAAGAAACGUGGUCGAAAGAAUAAAUCUUUGGACAAUGAGCGCUCUGAAAUAACCAUCGACUCUGAAAACACCAACUCUUCUCGAGAGAACUCAGACUCCAAACCAGAAACACGAACAACAGAGAUGGAGGCUUUGGAUCGUACUCUCAGCAGGAAAUCCCUGAGGACGAGUCGAUCCAACGAAAAAGUCGAGCAGAAGAAUCCCAGCGAUGCCAAUGACUCGCAAACUGUAUCUCCUGGUUUGGAGCAUUUCAAGGUCCCAGAAGUGACGGAGGUGCUGCAGCAUACGAAGAAGCGAACGUACAAGAAGAAGUCAACGAUCGACGAGCACGCGGACGUCGGCGCUGUUUCAACUGUGGAACCUGAAGCGGAGCUUUCCGAGGCGAGGAAGACUCCUAUAGAAAAAGACGAACAGCUGGAUAACCCGUACCAGAAGGAGCCAUCCGAAGGUCGAAGACGUUCUUCGAGGAAUUCCAACAGGGAUCAGUCGGAACCUGAGAGUCCCAGUUCGCCUGGAUCCAUCGUCCUGGCGAAACCUGGCAGGAAAAGAUCGUCGAGAAAAAAACAGUUGUCAUCUGAAGAUCUGUCCGGUGAAGGUACUCUGAAUCAACGGGCAGAGAGCGUGGACUGUUUGUCCGAGACUUCGUGUGUCAGUGAGUCCAGCUACUUCAGGAAGAAGCGGUUCUCGAAGAGGAAGAAGGUCUUGGAUGUGUCCAUGGAGGACGCUCAGACGGACACCUCCGUCACGGACUCGGAGUCGAUCGACACGGAGAAGAACGUUGACAGGAGGCAGAGCCUAAAGAGGAGGGCCAAGAAGAAUAUAUCCUUUCUCGAGUACCAGUUCGAUCUUGUCGAUGAUUUCGACAUUCCGGAUAUACAAAAUUGCCUACUAGAGGAAGAAGUUUUGAAAAACGUGGAAGAACCCAUACCAACGGCUGUGGAGGACGAUAAAGAGGAGACCUCGGAGGAGAAAGAGGACAAAUCAGAAAAUAAAGAGGAUACGUCUGAGGAUAAGGCAGCUGCGACCGAGACUUCAAACGUUGAAGACGAGGACAACUCGACGAAAGAGAAAACAGUGAAAGAAAGCGUAACAGAAGAGAACCCUACAGAGAACUCGGUGCAGGAGAACGAAGCAUCCAUGGACGUUGAGAAUUCCCUCGAAGAGGACGACGAAGAAUCAAAAGAAGAAGAGAAAUCCAACCAUGACGGCGCUGCGCAGCUCCAGGAAGAAUUCCAAACCCCGAAGAAACGAGCAGCGGGUAACUAUGUCGUCGUCCAUAAGAAGACUGGCGAGAUCUUGAUCGUCGAGAAGCGAAAGAAGUUGACCAAGGAAGCCGCCAGGUUCUUCUGUGACGUCUGCGCGACUAGUUUCACUAGAAAAAGCUCCCUGAAGAAGCACAAUCAGUCUCAGUCACACCUAGUGCAGAUGAUCAAGUACAAGAAAGACAAAACUUUCGAUGGCGGCGCAGAGGAAACUUGCAGCGCUUCGUGGGAUAACGAGACGUCCUCUCAGAACGAAGCUUCCAACGAUGGGAACAAGAGUCCAGACGAACCGGCGAACCUUUCCCUAGAGUCCAAGGACGACCAGAAAGAGGAAGAUACGACACAGAUCCUCGAUAACUCGAGAGACUUUGACGCUGCUGAGGGCGACUCGUGCUUCGCAGCCUCCAUGGAACAAGACUUCCUGAUUGAUUCUCAUGUGACUAGGCAGCGUAGCUUAGAGGACGAGCUUCUGGACGAGGAGAUCUGCAAAAUCACGGAGAACAUGAGCCACGACGAGUACGUGCUCACCGAGCACUCAAGCCCCGCACCAGAGUCGACGUCCACGCCGAUAAAAGCGGUGAUCAAAAAAGCCAGCGAAACAAUCAAGAAGAAGAAACAUGAGAAGAAGAAGGAAAAGGGGAAGAAGAAGCACACGGUUAGCGAACACCUGCCGUUGGAUACUUCCGAGUCGGAAGCUCCCCUGGACUCGACGGUGACCGUUCUAGGCACAAGCGUGUCCAUUAAAAUCUCGAGGACCUCGCACUCGAACGCCUCGGAGACUCCCUCCGCCGCGACAGUCGCUUCGGAGCGUGUACAGGACAAUUCUUCGAUCGCAGAUCUUUCGAGCCAUUCGGAGUCGAGGACCAAAGUCUCCGUACCGGACAUAGACAAUUUUCAGGAGUCGAUCACUUCCCCCAAUCUCGAUUUGGAUGCGGCAGGAGAAAACGUAGCGAGGUUGAAACCAGGCAAACGCCUGGACCAAGAAAAGAAAUUAGACGAAGAUUAUUCUGGAAACAAAGUAUACGAAUUACAAGGGGAGUUCGACAAAAAGACCGACAACUUUUCAAGUACUCUUUUAGAGGAUAAACCCGUCUCAAAAGAGAGUCAACCCCACGAACGCUUGAGCCUAAAAUUCAUCAUAAAUAAGCGCAGCAUAGAACUCUCCAGGGAAGUCGACACCGAGAGCAACGGAGAGAACAUCGAUCAAGGAUCUGAUGAUAAAUUGGAGAACGUGGACUCCGUUGGUGAUCGAUGCAACAAGGAGUCCAUCGAGGAACCGAGUCACUGUAAAUUCAAACCUGAACACUCCGAUGGAAACGCGAUCGUUGGUUUGUCCAAGAGUCUGAGGAAGGGGUGCAAGAGAAAUACAGAAACUAUCGAGGAUGCUUUUAAGAAUGUUUCUGAGGAAACGCAACAAGCAGAUCGCUUCGACGAUCUCGAAGAGAAGAGUACGAAGACGAGUCGUUGUCUGGCGGAUGAAACAGCCAACGACGUCAAAAGCAAAAUAGAGAGCGCCGUAAGAACAACGCGGCACGGAAAGUCGAAGAAAGGAAAAACUAAGAAACGCUUCGAGAAGAUGGCUAAUCCUUUAUCUACUCGGAGAACAUCCACAUCCAAACUUGUCUGUAAUCAGAGCAAACAAGUUUCCGACGAAACGACACUCUCAGAGACAGAGAUGAAGCAAACAUCCACAGACUAUCCCCAAUCGUUUCAUUACACGACUUUCGACGAAACUGAAACCGACAAGCCAGAAUUUGCAUCGUUGGACUCGCAAUUCGAAAAGAAUUUUGAUCCAAUUAAAGAUUCAACCAGUCUCGCCAAGUCAGAGAACGAAACCGAAUCAGACAAGUUGGAAAGCGUCGAAAAGCAACGUAUAUUGUGUUCAGACUCGAAAGCUUCGGAAGAAACUUGGUUGGAGAAAGUAGAGGAGACAAAAGAAGAGAAUUUUGUUGAAAAUAAUAACGAAGGCCUCGAUCGUGAGAAUAAAAUGGAGCCCUUUCGUAUCGACGAAGACGACCAGGACUCUUCGUCGUCGAGUCUCGCAGACAAACCCUUAUCGCAGAUUCUAUUGAUGACGGAUGAGAUAUUGCAGAUGAACAACGAACAAGGAAAGGAAAAGGAACGAGGGUUAUCUUUGAAUCUAUCGAAGAUGCUCGAGGAAUCCAAGUCCAAGGGAUACCUGGAAAUCGAGGACACCAGCUCGAAGGUCGCAAAAUUCCUCGCAAAUGAGAGUUCUCCAAACAUCGACGAAUCAACAGAUCAAAAUGAUAAAUACGAUGACACGGAAUCGUUCAUCGGUAAAGAAAUCGAGUCUAAAAUCGAUGAAUGUGAACAUAGAGCAUCUAAAUUCGUGGAGGACUCUAGCAAAAGCGCGAAGAUCUCGUUAGAAUGUAAGAAAAACGAGACAGUUCCAAAAACAAAGAAUAUCCCAGACGAGAAAGAAGCAAAAGCCAGUAGUGGUCGCAAAUCGAGCACCAGCGAUCGUCAAAGCCUGAAGAAGAUAUCGAAGACGCACAAGAGUUUUGCCAAAGAUGGUCAUCGAAAAUCCAAGACCAAGAAAUCCGCCGUAAGAAGCAAGAUCUCUGAUCUGACCAGCGAGAGCGACGAUAGCGGGAACGAGGACAAAAUUGAGUCUCAAAACAAAAGCAAAAUCGUAAAGAGCGUGUUUGGUCGAGUUUUUGGGGGCGAGAAGGCGGACAAAGUGAAGGAAGUGCUGAACGACUGGGUGUCGAAAUCGGAGGAGGACUCGAACGCGUCGAGAAACGAACCUAGAUGCGACAGCGACGAUGAACAAAGGGCCAACGAAUCCUUGGACUCGAAGAACGAAGACAGAAACGCGAAAAGACAUUCCAUCUCGUCAUCCUCGUCCUCUAACUCGAAGAAACGCUCGUACAAAAAGUCGAGGAAAAGCUCUUCCUCGGAUAGAGCCAAGGAGAGGAGCUCCGUGUCUGAAGGUCAAGAAGAACAUCGUUCAGGUAAACACGGGAAAUUGAAGAGCAGCUCGAACAGUCGCAAGAAGAACGACACCGAAUCGUCCAACUACUACUUCUUGGUUCUUCCACCCACCAGCUGCAGGCCCAGCAAGAAACGAGCCGAGGAAAGGAUCUCGAAGGCUUUCGAGGACGAAUUGUUGGAGACCAACGUCAAGGGUCAGAAGUUGUCCAAGGAAAAGGAAGCCAAUUACGAACUGAGAAACCAAAGCAAGUCGGAUUCUAACGUCAAGGAUAGUGGUUAUGGGUUGUUUAAUUGCGACGAGGAUACCUCCAAGCUGGUUUCCACGGAGGAGCCCGUAGAGGAAGAUCAGAAACUGGCGAAGAGAAGGAAAUCAUCGACCUUUAAGAAGGGUAAAAGCAAGAACGAGGACGACGAUUGGAGAGAGUUGACGAAAGAGAAGGAUACAAAGGAGGAUAAUAACGAAUCUGGCGAUGAAAACGAAGCUUCCACGAAAGACCUUCCUGAGAGAGAAACCUUGGAUGACCAGUUGUCGGUUGACCUUGAAUCUUCCCGCAGUUGCAGCAGCGCAGUUCCCAGUAGCGUGAGAAACCGAUCGCCGAGUCUGGACAGGAAUUCUCAAACGACCAGGGACUCUGACCUUGACGAGGAGGAAGACAGGGAUGAGGGGGAUAUGGGCCACAGAAGAAUAUCGCCACUGUUCAUCUGUGGAACACCUAGGAGUUCCAUAGACAGCACCUCCGACAGCGAAAACGAGGAGAAUGAGAACACACCUGCCACGGAGAGUUCAACGCGAAAAAGAAGUUGUAGCGAGUUCUCUGGUGAGAAGGUAGUGAUUAGAUCGCCAUCUUCGACGCACAAGACCGAAAUGGUUACCAUCGCGCCAACCGACGCCAUCGAGGACAACGCCCUGGACGUUCCUCAAGAGAUAGAAACGGCAAAGCCUCGACAGGGAAAAGUUUUGAACUUUGACGAAGAGCUAUUCGUCGAAUGUUGCUCUAGGUUGAAAGCUACCACUGAGAAUGAACUUAGGGGGGCUAAGAAGAUCAAGCUGGACCACAACGAAGGCUAUCACAGAAGAGACGAUCAGCAACAAGGGAUAAGAGGACCCAGGGAUCGAUGGAGAGACGUCGAGAGCCAAAAUAGUCUGGGGAGUCUGCUGGAAUCCGUGAAUCAGUUACUGGGCGAGGAGAUGUACAGCACCCGAGAAAGGGAUUACCCAAAACGAGGCGGUCGAAAUCUGAGGAGCGAGCAUUCUAGCAGGUCAGCCAGCCCAGACAUGUCCAGAGCCGACAAUCUCGGCUACGAGGACAGCUUGGACGUCGCGUUCGAGCACAACAACAAGCUCAGAGACAAGAUUCAACAGCGUAUGAGGGAAAGCGAGAACCUGAUAGCCAGCACUUUCGGCCAGAAGAGCAACAACGAGGUCCUGGCCAACGAACAUCCUACUAAUAAUAAGGAGCAAGAUAUCCUCAGGAAUACGUAUAGCCAUCUGCAGGACCAGGGACAUCUGCCAGGUGGAAAUCUCUCAAACGGCGUGUACAACGAUGAAUUGCACGUUAGAAGUCUUCAGGUAGAACAAGGCAAUGGGAAGAUGAGCCUGGAUUCGUCAGGAUCAUUCAAAAGCAAGAUGAACUCUGCGUUGGGUGGACUGUUGGACAAGGCGUUGUCUAACUUGCUCCACAGCAAUGGAAAGCACGAUCACAAUGGAUCCACACCGAUGAAGGUCUUGGCAGAGUUAGCGUGUGCUCGUGCGCCAACGUCCACGGCGGGUGAUUCUGUGUCUCAAGAAGACGUCCAACCUGAGAAAACCACUUCCCCGCAAAAGGAUUCGAUCCAGGACUCGAACCCUGUGUCUGUUCCCAAGGAGCAACAGAAGAAGAUCAGGAAUCCCAUCAAAGAGUUGUUCGAGAAGAAGAAGGAGAUGAACGAGCGUAAACAGCAAGAGAAGUCGAAAACCGAGGCGGCUCUUCGUGAGUUGAACGUCCACAGGCAGCACAAGACGAAGAAAAUCAAAAAGCACCAGGAGUUCCCUCUGAUCCGUCGCAAUGAACACGGAGGAUUGGUCGAAAGGAAGAAACGUCGCGAUGGCUUCGAACGGAAGGAAGAGUUUGCAUCGAGCAGAAUAAAGGACGUUUACGAUUUUGACGAAGAGGAGAGUCAAAUAGAGCCCAAGCUGGGUAGUGUGAUGUCCUACAGAAGCAGGCCAGGUUACGAGGUGAGCUGCCUGAAAACCAAAGAGAUCGACGUAGCAGGUUUAAUGUCCAAGGCCAUCGGCGACAGUCUGGAAAAUGGGAAAACUGGCGACGCGUUAAGCAUCAGGCUUGAGUCGAUGAUAGAUCGUAAGUUCAAAGAACUGGAAAAGUUUGCCCCGAAGACCAAGGGCGCGUUGAAAUCUUUCCAGAGCGAGGAACAGCAACGGCAGGUUACUGGGCCUAUGGACGAAUUCGUCGAAAGAAAGCCAUCGCGGCCAAAACGAUCGACGGAGCAAAAUCUAAAGCACUCAAAAUUGAAAAGGCGUAGCAAGAACUCGAAGAAGAGACCUAGAAACGCCUGGUACGAGUAUGACAGCUCGGACGAGUAUAGAACCGCGGUGAAGACCGAGGAUGUCGGCGUAGGGAUCUCGAAAAGUCAGAGGACCUGUUCUAAGGGGAAACAGAACAUAUUCGCGGAGCUCUAUACCUCGUCUGAAAGCGAGUUCGAUGGUGAGGACAUAGAUUUCGAAACGAAGAGGCAGCAAAAGGCGAAGAAGUCCGCGAAGAAAGCUACAGAGCUGGAAGACAUUGAUCAGGGCCAGGAACUGGAUAGCAAAUAUUGUUUGGAGAACGAUGAUCACGUGGACGAGUGGGAAGUUCAAGAUUUGAAGAACGAUUCCAAUAAAAACGACUGUGAUAAUAAGAAAUCCGAGUCAGAGAUGUCUGACCAACCUCUGGUCAUCGACGAGAGAAAGGACUUGGACGAGCAAAGGAACAGUGACGAGGAAACUGAGAAUCAAUACGAAGGGACAUUUGCAUUGGACGAUCUAUAUAGGGAAGAUAGCUCCGUUGCUGAUACAGACGUCGAUGAGCCAACGAUCACAGAAUCUCAGAACAUUCCAGAUGAAUCUAGAACCGACACACCAGUUUUGCCACAAGAAGAGAAGGUUGAUGAUAAAACGAACUAUCUACAGGACGAUGAGCUGAUUCCGCUGGAGGAAGCCUUGGAUCUUUUGGAUCAAGCAGAAACUGAUCUGGGAAUGAAGUAUGACGAUAUAAACAAAGACGCGAGACCUGUCGAGGAUAUCGAUACGGUGGUAACGACUGAAUUCAUUAACGAAACGUUCAAUCCCAUCGAAGAAUCGACGGAAAAAUGCCUCAGUCCUGCGGAAGAACAGGAGGACGACGAGCAGGACGAGCAGGACGAGCAGGACGAUGAUCUACUCGCUUUGCCAGAAAAAUUGUCGACCAACGAGAAACCACAGAAAGAAUCCGACAACCUUCCCCUUCAUGUGUUCCUGAGCAGGAAGGUUCAAGAGUCGAAGAAAAGAAAGGAGCAACAGUUAAAGAAAAUGCAAGAGGAACAGGAAAGGAUCCUCAUGGAUUUCCAACCAACUAGGAGACAGAGAAAGUGCGCCAUUGGCAAGCAAGGGCUGCUGGCAGAGAUAAGCAGCUCGGAUGAAGAAACGAGUCCAAAGGAUAGUAAGAAAACCAACGAGAAACCGGACCACGAGAAGCCACGUAAACCAAAACGGGAAUCGAAAGAGAAGCGUAAAGAGAGGUACAUAGAAAAGAAACACGAACAAAUGAUAGCCAAGGAACAAAAGGCCAUCGAGGAGGAGAUCCUACGGGAGCUGGGGAAGAAGAAGGAGUCUCUUUCGCAAAAUUCUGGAGACACACCAGUGAACUUGAACGGUACGGAAGAGCCAGAGAGCGUAGAACUAUCCGAUGAUAAAACUGUUCAGGAUCAAACGCAAAAAAAGAAACAUCAGACGAAGGAGAAACAAAAGAAAUCAAACAAAACGGAGGAAGACCUUUUCGUUAAAAAGAACGAAGAAGUUACAAGUGAUCCGGAGAACAACUCCAACAAAUCCACGCAUCUAGAGACCAAUCACGAGGACGGGAACAACCAGGAGUCCUCUGAGAAACAGAAGAAAUACUCCAAGUCUCCAACGAAGCCGAAGAAAAAUCCGAAAGGUGACGCGAAAGUCUCGACUACGAAUAAAAAGUGCAAGAUCACAGUAGCCGACAAGUCGAAGAAUCGAACGGAUUCAAAGGGAUCGAAAGAAAAAGAACGCAGAUCCUCCAGUGGUAGACGAGAUUCGGAUGACGAGGAGCUGAAGACGACGAAAUCUUGGAAUAAAGUUGAAGAAGGGGUUGGAGUGGCGAUUGGACGACGGAAACGUGCUGCCGCGAAUCAGUUGUAUUAUUGGUCCAGUUCGAGCGAUGAAGAAGAAGUUCUCGAGGUAGCUCCUACGGUGGAGGAAGAAGAAGACGAUCGUCAAGAACAACACGGCUGGAUCGUCGGUGACUCUCAUAAAAGGAUGAUAACCAUGCUCGCCAUGGAGAAGCAGCUGAAGGAGAAACGACGGAGAAGCGAGGAUGAGUUUGAGCCAGGCAAGGCGAAGAGCAAAAAGCACAGAAACAGCACCUCUUGAUACGUGUUUCAUGAUUAGAUUCGUUGAAGUGACUAGAAACCGUUGAGCAUAUUAGCUUUUUUGGAGCCUGGGAAACAUGGUUCGAUCAUUGGUGAUCGACGACAAUGAUCGUAAUACUGGAGGUGAAAGAAACAUGGAACGUGUCUCGACGAUGAGAUUUUUCAGGUGACCAGGAACACGUCGAGGGAGUAUACAGAAGUUCCUUCGCUAAAAUCAGGGCAAAUAACGUGACUCUCCUACAAUAUGAAUGAUAGAGUAGAAAAUGCGAAACAGUAUGAAAUAUUCAAGGAAUACACUAUUCUUCUUCUAAAGUCAAAGACACAACUGGAUUAUCAGUGAUUCUCGAUAGAGAGCGCUAACGACACUCGCGAAGAAAAAAAAUCGCUCGAGACACGAUGAGCGAUCAAAUAGAAAAAAAGCAGCGAGUUUUGAUACGCAUUUCGAACUACAGGUUUACUACGGUGUGUGGAACCACUCUGAAGAACAUAUUGUUUUAAUUUUCGAGAAUCAGAACUUGGAUUUCUUUACACAUGCAUACCAGGAUUACAGUUGAGAUAACUAGAAGAGACUUUUCUAAAUAGAUGUAGCGUAACUAGGUCUUUUGAUACUAGUCUUAGGUUCGCGACGGUAAACAAAGGAAUUAGGUUCAUCGAAACUGAUGAUUUCGUUGCUAUAUACCAACAUGAGUCGAAAUCGUCAACCGUUGCCGAAGAGCAAACGGCGAAGGAACAAUUCGUAAUUGGUUUUCGUGUCUGUAAUGUUUACGAUUAGAAUCGACACGAUUAGGAAAAAGACUAUCUCAUAGAGGCCAGAGCAAUUUGUUACAUUUCUUCGUGUUCGUUUUCAAGUAUACGACGCUCGCGUUCAAGCUUUCGCGUGAACUUAUUUAUCAUCUUCUCUUUUUUUAAAUGUUCUUUCAUUCAUGGCAGAUGAUCUUAGUUGAAGAAACGCGACGCUUUGAUUGUUACAAUUGACGCUUAUUUUGUUCCAUCGAACGAUGAACAACACGUCACGUACUGCCAAGAAGAAAUUCGGUAUUCUUUCGUUCGUACAUUGUUGAGAAACGCGUCUGGGAUAAUUAGACGCGUCGCGAGGUUCACAUUUACGGUAUGAAACCGAAUCGACAGUGUUGCGUUACGAAAAGGGCAACCUGUACAUAGCAGCUUGACGUUAACGAUAAAAACAAGCUCGUAUUAUUUUAAGGAUAUAAUGAUUCCAAGCUAAUAUAAAUACUAUAAAUAUAAUCUAACGUUAGACUGAAUGUGAGAAAUAGCAGAAAUUAAAAGAAACAGAAAAAAGUGUAUGAAAAAGAGCACCUUUAGACAAUACCUAGAACAUUUGUAACGUUUUAGUUGACGUAGCGGAUCGUCGGGUGACAAAUCAGAGAAAAUAAAUAAAAAAUAAAAAAUAAAACGAGAAGAACAAAUGGGAAACGUGUUAUUGAUGCAGAAAACAGAGAGAUCAGAUGAUGACAACUGAUUUUAGCUCUUGAAGGACGAUGUAAAAUUGGGGUCCAAUCGAGUAGCGCGCUUUUGACAGCUUAUUUGUCAUUCGUACAUAUCGCAAAAACGAAAUACGAAACUGUCGCGAUAGUUUCGUGACCUGACAAGUUUUCCUUGUGAAUGUCACAAUCGAAAAUCUACUUUCGACAAACUGCUUAAAGCAUCAUCAACCAUUUGAUGCAAAAUCUUUUGUUUCCGUUUAAUGCGUUCGUAUUCCUAGAUCUCACGUUACAUCAUCGAAAAGCCUGAUGAUUGCCACGUAUUUAAGGAUGAAGCUUAUGAUAAACGCAAAGAGAAGAGUUAGAAACUUUCCUUUCGUAUGCCUAGUUGAUGCACAUAAAUUUAACAAUAAGUACCGUAGUUUUUCAUCGUGUGUGUGUGUGUGUGUGUGUGUGUGUGUGUGUGUGUGUGUGUGUGCGUGUGCGUGCGCGCGCGCGUGCGUGUAUGUGCGUGUGUAUAUGUAUAUAUAUUAUAUGUAUACAUUAUAUAUAUACAUAAAACAAUUUAUAAAUAAAUGAAUAAAGAUAUAAAUAUAAAUAUGAGAGAAUAAUUGAAUGUAUAACAGAAAUGAUUAUAAAAACAUAGACUUUAAUGUAAAUGUACUGCCAUAAUCAUAUUAUUAUAUACGAAAGCCUAUGCGAAUAAUUGUUAACUCUUUGCUGUCCAGAUUUUCUAAUUUCGAGCUUCACUCGACAUAGGACCGCGAAGGGUUAAUAUUAUUCCUGUAAAGAUGAACAACUAGAACAACAGCGAUGACAAAAAAUGUUUAGCACAAAAAAACUAGGCAACAAUCCGAUGUACAUAGAGCAUAUUUUCAAUGUGUCUGGAAAAGUAUGUUUUGUAAUAUAAGGAUUGCAAAGGAAAAUAAAAUCAUCAAAGAAUCACUACCGAUGGUACAUGUUAUGGAAUGAAUGAUAAACCUUGCUUGCGAGAGUCACUUCUUUAAGGAGACGAAUAGUAGAAUUUUAUACAUUAUUCUGCAAUGUAACGUGUAUAUACAGGGUAUCUCAAAGUUGUGGUACAUGGAAUAGCUUUGAUGUAGCAAAUUUAAAGCGAACUUAAAUAAAUCUAAAUUGAUCACA